AGAAGCAGCAGCCUCUCUGGCUCAAAGUGGCCAGCCUGGGCUUUUCCGCAGCGCCAAUCAAGCGCCCUCUCGACGCCCGCAGCGUGGUGUUGCCAGAGACUGCCCGCAGCGCCCGCCGCCCAUUCCCACGGCCGCCCAUGCCGCCGGCGCACGCUGGGCUGAAGUGCUCCCUGGACGAGGUGCCUGGCGCGGGCGGCGGGUGCGACGUCGACCCCCUGCUGGAGAUCAGGCGCGUGGAGGAGCUCGUGCGCGAGAGGAUGGAGCACAUGGAGCGGCAGCUGUCCGAGCUGCGGCGCGAGGUCCGCGAGGGCCCCUCGAAGCUGAGGCGCUCGUACACGGCCAGCCUCGACGAGAGCGACCCGCACAGGGACCCCCAGGACUUGACGCGCGUGACCCCCAUGCGGCUCGACUGGAGUGACGCGUACGUUCUGGAGGCUUCCACGUGGGACGCCAGCCUGUUUGUGUUCCACCCUUGCGUUGGCCCGCUGGCAUCGGCCAUCACGAUAUUCGCCUCGGUUACCAAUGUCAUUCUGCAGGCAUGGUUCUGCUGGCUGGUGCUGGCCUACAUGUCGGCACCCAGCGUCACCGAGUCGACGCUUGACGGGCUUCUGCGCUUCAGGAUCGCCGCGCACAGCGUGGAGUACGCCGACGAUCUCACGCAGAGGUCCAUGAUCAGCCUCAUGUGCAACGACGGGGUGCCAGGCAAGCUGACCAUGGCGGCGGGCCAGUCGACGUUGCUGAAGUCCCUCACGGACUUUGGGGACGACUGGGGCGGUGGGCGCAGCUUCAUGAGCCUGGCGCUGAUCCUAUGGCUCUGCUUCAACAUGGAGGAGCUCAACGCCAUCUACCACUUCGCCCGGUCGCUGACACAUAUCGGGCUGGGCGACAGGACCCGCAUCUCCAUGACCGCGGGCGCGGACGAGUCGGUCUGCGCGAGCUUGAACGCGGACGCCCGGACGGCCUUCGGUGGCACUGCUGUGGGCGUGUCCUCGGUUACGUGCCGGGUUGUCUGUGUCAGUCCAAGGCGUUUUUGGUUCGGUAUGUUGCUCAUAGUUUUGCCGCGAUUAGUGCUGGUCGUCGUCCAGAGUUGGAUGGGGUGUAGCUUUCUCGCCAGCACAUCUACGAAUCAAGACCUCGUGUUGAACGCUAUGGCGCUUGCCUUCAUCGCCGAUAUUGACAAGGUGAUGUACGAUGUCUUUGUCCCUCGGCGGAUCAAGACACUUCUGGCCAACUUAGAGCCACUCCCGUUGGCUCACAUGAAACCGAGCAAACAUAGCGCCGGCUUUGUCGCAGUUGGCAAGGCAGCCGGAGUUGCGGGAGCGCUCUGUUUGCUUUAUUUUGUCAAACUCGAAUCGUUCUGGUGGAGGCUGGACACGGCCAAGAAGGUUCUGUGCAGUGGGAACCAAGAUUUCGUUUGGGCCAUAAACCAAGCUUCAGGCAUGGUUCAUGUGACAAGGAGCAACGACGACCUGGUCACCGCGUGGGCCUAUCACGAGCAGGCGAUCUUUCAGGUUGUGGCACCAGAGAUCGGAAACGAGUUUUGGAACAUAGACGAUGACCUCGUGCGCCUCGCAAACGCGGGGGAGGCGCAGGCAGUCUGGGAGCCGAGAGCGCGCACUUACAGCGAGGCGGUGUUCGAUACUGCAUAUGUGAACUACCUGAGCGCCAUCCACGACUUCACUGUGUCCGACGCUGGCGCCAUAUUGGAUUGUAACGAUUUGAGUUCCGGGCAGACCGUACAAUUGAACGCAAAUGAGUCCGUCGACGUUUCUUUGAUAUCCAGCUGCCUGCGCUCUUGGGAGACAACAGCAUCCAGACGUGUUGGGACGUCGGCUGGCAAGCUUGUGCAACGUUCGGAUCCGAUAAGAUUCGUAGCAUCUGUCCGCACCGUUGUGGGUGCGACAUGCCUCCUCGCUAUUUUCCUGCAGCUGCUGGAUUUUACCAGGGACCCGCGGCGGGCUGCCCCAGUCAGUGCAAGUUCAUGGCGGCAGCCCUAAACGAACUCCUGUACAGUUUGGUGAACUACAACCACAGCGAGGUGAGUGACCCUACCACCAGUACUGGGCAUUUCGCUUGUACUGAUAUCGAUGAGGGCGACUUCACCUACCGCGGAAUAUGUUCCGAUGCUGACCAGAACAUUAAUUCGACGAGCAGCAUCGGCAAGUCGUGCAGCACCGCGGCUUGCACAUCAGAUUAUGACGAUACUGAUUUCUCUGCAAACGACAUGUGUUGCAAGUGUGGUGGCGGGCGCUACAGUUCUGUUGAUUCUGUUUUUUGUGUGGAACAGCUCGUGGACCAGUGCAUGCAUGAAAUGCCCAUUCCCGCUUUCUUUUACACUGUGUACGUCAGGGGCAUGAUUGAGCACCUGUUUCAAAAGGCAGAGUAUCGCCUCAAUGUCGCAAGAGUAGUGCGAACUGGCUUCAGUCAUAUGCUGCACAUUGCGGACUCACAGGUCGAAGCAUUCGUUGAAUGGAUGUUGGACGGCAACUUAACGUUCUCUCUAACAGACGGCAAUUGGAAUUUGAUGCCAGGUGUGCCCCAUCCCCGUCGGCUCAAGGGGUGUGAAUAUCCAGCGCUUCAUUUGAACUCACAUACCUACUGGGCUUCGACAUCUGCGACGAAUCAAAGUAUGGCUCACUGAAGAUGUUCUGCCCGGAAACGUGCGGCUGUAGACACGCACAAUACAAAGUCAAGAGAGGAGAAGGCGAAGUAGAUACAUUCUGGAAUACGGAGGAGGAGUACUCGACUCAUACCUACGACAGGGAUGUUUUACACAACUGCCCCGCGGCUUGUGUCCUCGCGCAUCCGCGGAUCUCAGGCUCUGGCGUGUACGGCGACUACUCGUUCCUCAAUUCUUAGCCCGGUCGAUUGGCACUUUCCUUUGCCCAGCGUCGAGCUCAAAUUCCAUCUUUCCCUCCCCUCCCGCCGCGACAAGCUUCGAGGCGGGCAUUUUUAUGUAUAAUUGUCGCCUGGGGAUCGAUCUCUGGGGACUUCGGCAGGCGGUGGAUGUGAUCACAAGGGUUCACAUCGUUCGCCGUCUCCGGGGGCGCGGGGCAGAACAUGGUCCGGGGUGAAGAGGUCGGUCCUGGGGGAAGGCCCCAGGCCCCAGGGGCCAGGACCCUCACCAGCCUCGAUUUUGUCCCUGUCCCUGAGAUUGACACGCCAAAAGGCGAUGACAAUCUUAGGGAUGCACCCUCAGAAACGGAGGGAAUCCCUAAGAUCGCCAUCGUGAUGAGGCGAUGCCGAGCAUAGGGAUAGGGAUAUGUUCCAGGCUAGCCAGAGCCGUUUCCCUUAGGACGGUUUCUUUGCAUACCAGCCAUGCCAGGUUCACCAAGGGGAUACGGUGCCCCAGCUUCUGUGCGAGUUUCCAGUCUGUCAUUGGCGGCCGAGUCUCAGCAUUUUGCUCGCAACAUCCCGAUCGAGCCGGGGUGUACAGCCGCUGGAGCUCGCGAGUGUGAGGGCUCAUCACGUUAUCGCCAGGAGCCUUACGAAUGCUAUCGAUCCCAUCAGCACGGACCCAGGUCUAGUGUUUCGGAUUGGACAUGCCUUCACCGUGGCCGAGUCGGAGAGCUUCGCGAAACUACAGGUCGUAGUUGGAGGGACUGUGUGCAGCCAAAGGCUGGUCGUGUCAUUUGAAUUGUCUAUCGGCUGCACUUUCACAGUCAGUAAUUAGUCUUCCCCUCAGGCGGAGCUGUGAAGUCUUUAAGGCUUGCGCCUAGAAACCAAUUGGUGGGCUUCUGAAACCAAGCAC